GGAGAUCCAACCCAGUCCGGCUUGGCUGCUGAACUGUCCGCCAGACAUUUAUGUCUUCAUGCUACAAUCCCACCCCCCACCCCCUCAAAGACACCAAUUCUUAAGUGAGACAAACAUAAGAUGCCUUUGCCCGUGCAAGUGUUUAACUUUCAGGGGUCUGUGGAGCCCAUGCAGAUUGAUGCAGAUCCCCAGGAGGACCAGCAGAAUGCUCCAGACACCAACUAUAUUGUGGAGAACCCCACACUGGAUCUGGAGCAGUAUGCGACCAGUUAUAGUGGAUUAAUGCGUAUUGAGAGACUGCAGUUCAUUGCUGAGCACUGCCCUCAGCUCCGAGUGGAGGCCCUGAAGAUGGCGCUCACCUUUGUUCAGAGGACCUUCAAUGUUGACACUUACGAAGAGAUUCACCGCAAACUCACAGAGGCCACACGGGAAGUGCAGGGUGUGCCAGACACAGUUCCUGAAGGAGGGGUUGUUCCCCCUCCCCUGGACUCAGCUUGGGCUGAAUCGACCAGAAAAAAGGCUCUGCUUAAACUAGAGAAACUAGAUACGGAUCUUAAGAACUACAAGGGCAACUCCAUCAAAGAGAGCAUCAGGAGAGGCCAUGAUGACCUGGGGGACCAUUAUCUGGACUGUGGUGACCUCAGUAAUGCUCUGAAGUGCUACUCUCGAGCCAGAGACUACUGCACCAGUGCUAAGCAUGUCAUUAACAUGUGUCUGAAUGUCAUCAAGGUUAGUGUUUACCUCCAGAACUGGUCGCACGUGCUGAGCUACGUCAAUAAGGCAGAGUCCACACCAGAAAUUGCAGAGCAAAGAGGAGAGCGAGAUAGUCAAAAUCAAGCUGUCCUCACCAAAUUAAAGUGUGCUGCAGGAUUGGCCGAGUUGGCCUCUCGAAAAUACAAGCCAGCUGCCAAGUGCUUCCUGCAGGCUUCCUUUGACCACUGUGACUGUCCAGAGCUACUGUCGCCCAGUAAUGUAGCUGUGUAUGGGGGCUUGUGUGCUUUGGCCACGUUUGACAGACAGGAGCUUCAGCGCAACGUCAUCUCCAGCAGCUCCUUUAAGUUAUUUUUAGAGUUGGAACCUCAAAUUCGUGACAUUAUCUUCAAGUUCUACGAGUCUAAAUAUGCAUCCUGUCUCAAGCUACUGGAUGAAAUGAAGGAUAACCUCCUGUUGGACAUGUACCUGGCACCACAUGUCAAGACACUGUACAGCCAGAUCAGAAACAGAGCCCUGAUUCAGUAUUUCAGCCCCUACGUGUCAGCAGACAUGACCAAGAUGGCUCAGGCGUUCAACACAACAGUAACAGCUCUGGAGGACGAGCUCACCCAGCUCAUACUGGAGGGUCUCAUUAAUGCACGUAUCGACUCCCACAGCAAGAUUCUGUAUGCGAGGGACGUCGACCAAAGGAGCACCACAUUUGAGAAGUCUCUUCAUAUGGGCAAAGAGUUCCAGAGACGAGCCAAAGCCAUGAUUCUCCGUGCUGCUGUGCUGCGCAACCAGAUUCACGUCAAGUCUCCACCCAGAGAAGGCAGCCAGGGUGAACUCACACCAGCCAACAGUCAGACCAGGAUGAGCACCAACAUGUGAGGAAGAAGUGAACAGCUGUAGCGCAAAGGGGAAGGUUCACUGUUCUGCAACACACACCACCCCACCCACCGUCUGUGAGCUGAACGCAGAAACGAGAUGAAACAUAAAGACAGAUAAAAACCACUUCUCUUCUUCUGUCAGGUGACAGGGAGCAAAC